CAAAAAAUAAUAAAGUUUAUUCUAUCUUAUAAUAAAUUUUUUUUUAUUUUUUCAUAAUAAAAGCUUAAUAUUCAUUUAGUUUACAUUCAAGAAGUUAAAAUAAUGUGCAAAUUGAUUACAUUUCCAACACUCUUCUCUUUCCUGAACAUGAUUCUAUUCCCUUCUUUCACCUAUUCAAGAUCAGUGAUACAUUCAUUAUUAACAAAUGAUUUGACGCCUCCCCCUAUGGACAACGAAUAUUAUGGUUCGGAGCGAUUUAGGGAUCACCCAUUAUACUUUUUACGUUCUGGUCUUGAUAAAUCCCACGUUAACUCAAAUGCAGACGAUACAUUAUAUUACGAUUCCUCAAAUUACGAUUAUUCCGAUCCUAUCGAUUAUAACUAUAGUGAUGAUGAAUUAUUGAAAAAAUUAUCUGCCGAUAAGAAAUUCUACGUUUAUUACCUGAAUGAUUCUCAAAAAGUUGUUCAAGAGAUCGAUGGGAUAAAUUUUACUGUUUAUCUUGAUUUUGACGAUUCGGAAGAUAUUUCUUUUCCCGAUAAUGGGCCUUUCGUUCACAACAUAUCAUUAUUUGGUGAUGCCGUGUCAAUGAAUAAUGAUAAUCAUACAUUGGAUGACCUAGUGGAAGAAAAAUAUAUAAGAAAGGCUGUUGAUAUAUUCACUCAAAGAUCUACCUCUAUUCAAAAUGUUCCGUCGUUUGUAGCCACACAGGAACACGUAAAGAGAGGAUUUUACGAACCUACAGACAAGCACAAACCUAUACAUAAAAGAUGUUUGGAAGUCGUAGACAUAGGCAAUUGUGGGAAAGACCUUGAUAUGUGGUACUUUAAUUUCAAUACACUAGAAUGUACCAAGUUCGCUUACAAAGGUUGCGGCAAGUCUCUUAAUAUAUUCGCUUCCUAUGAUUCGUGUGAAGAGUAUUGCCUACCAACAAAAUCAAUCCAUUAUAUGUGGUGACAAUAAUAAAUGGAAGAAAAAAAAUCGUUUUAAAUAAAAAUUCGUAUAUUCGCAAAUUCAAUCAAUAAUUAAAAUUUAAAUUAAACCACAAUGUAAUUAAAAGACAAAAUAACUUAUAUUAUAUAAUAUAUAUUAUAAUCAUAUAUAAAAAAAUUAUUUAUAUUUAAUAUAUUUUAUAAAUAAAUUAGAAAAUAUUUUCCA